AGCUGCUGGCCCGGAGCGUUUCAGGAAGCCGUAUUUAAAAGCGCACCCGCGGAACGUGUGAGCGGUUUGGCGGUGGAGAGCGGGAGAUGGAUGCUUCGUCCCGGGCGGAGCGGCAAGCGGGGACGGCCGGCGGAGGUCCGUGAGCGCCCCUCGGCUCCGGGCUUCGUUGCUCUCCAUUGUCAGCUCGGCGGCGGAUCCCCAGACCCUCCCGGGCUCUGCUUCGCAUUGUUGGAACGGCGCGCGUCUUUGCAGCUCUCGGGCUUGCUCUAGGCUAGCUGUAGCAACUUGCAAAGCGGAAGUGGGGAGGAGGCAACUUGGAAGCCAAUGGAGAUGGAGCAGCCUGUGUGCGUCGCGCCGGAGCCCCACUGCCAGGAGAUGCAGUGCUCACCUCCCGAAGUCUUUGCUCCACCGCUGAGGAUUCCUGAGAAGAUCCCGCCCAUCAAACCUUGCUUUAAAAAAAAGCAGCAAGGGCAGAAGAGGCUGGACACGGACACGCUGAGGGCUUUGCGGCCCAUCUUCACCAGUUUGCUAGGGGCUGGUACCCUAGAUGGAAUCUUUGUGCCACGGGGGCAGAACGGUGGUCAUGGCAACUUGUGUGAACCUGUUUCCCAAAAGACUGUGGGCGUCGCUGCCCCAUGUCCACAACCAGAAAACAGCAUAGCCAUGUUGCUGUCGGGAGCUCCCGAUGUUCAGGGACAGAUAUCCAAUGGACAUUCUGAACAGGACGUCCAGGCUGGGGAGCAGGUCUUCCCGCCUGUCACCUCUCCUGUUACUGAGCCGUUCCAGGACCGCUCUUUGCAUGCUGUCUCCAGUGAUGCUGCUGCCUUUCUUUCCAGCCCUGAGAAGAUACUUGAAGGCUACCCUCCAGGGGUGCUGCAGGGCAGUAACAUCUCCCUGGCCCCGUGUGACUCAAAGCCUGCUGAUGGGUUUGGAGCUGGACUCUUCCAGAACAAAAGUGAGGAGGCUUCUCUUGACCUGGUGUUUGAACUGCUGAACCAGCUGCAAUAUCACACCCACCAGAAGGACGAGGUUGACAUCUGUGUGGAUUUUCUACAAGGGGUUUGUGGUUUGGGUAGCGACUGUCCCCAGCAUCACACGGUCCUGCCCUAUCACUGGCAGGUCAGGAGGACCACUAGCCAAAUGUGGCAGAGCGUGACCAAUGACUCGCAGGAACAUCUGGAAAGACUCUACUGCAAUCCAGACAACGACAAGAUCAAAGUCAGAUAUCGAGGUCACGAGUUUUUAGUAGACUUGAAUGCUAUGAAGCUGUAUGAUACAACAGAGUUCGACCAACUGAGGAGACUGUCUACGCCUUUGUGUACGAACGCCAGCUCCAAUUUCAACUACUAUACAGUCUGGAAAUACUUCUGUAGAGAUCACUUUGGCUGGAGAGAAUAUUCAGAGCCUGUUGUCAGAUUGAUAGAAGAAGCCAACUGCCGAGGCCUGCAGGAGGUUCGUUUUGUUACAUGGCACAACCGUUACAUUCUGAACAUCAAAGAUGGCUUUCAACAAAAUGCGUGUAUUCGAAGAGAAAUCAAGAAGAGACCUCUUUUCCGUUCCUGUGUUAUCCUCAUGCCGUACUUGCAGACUCUCGGAGGCAACCCUUCCAUCCUUCCGGUACCCACAGAUUCCGUUUCUUCGCAAGUCUUAUCUCCAGCUGCUCUUACCUCUCCAAACUUCUAUCCGGAAACGUGGAUCAUCAUGGAUCCCGUUCAAGACUUCAUUCAAGUGCCUGUCUCAAAGGAAGACAAAAGCUACAGAACGAUUUAUAAUCUCUUUCAUAAGACGGUGCCGGAGACAAAGUACAGAAUUCUGAAAAUCUUGCGAGUUCAAAACCAGUUCUUAUGGGAGAAAUACAAGAGGAAAAAAGAAUACAUGUCUAAAAAAAUGACAGGACUUGACAGGAUAAUGAACGAGAGACACUUAUUCCACGGGACCUCCCAGGACGUUGUUGAUGGGAUCUGCAAGCACAAUUUCGACCCACGGGUGUGCGGGAAGCAUGCCACCAUGUUCGGGCAAGGCAGUUACUUCGCCCGGAAAGCAAGCUAUUCACACAAUUUCGCCAAGCGCUCUCCCAAAGGGAUUCAUUACAUGUUUCUGGCUAAAGUACUGACAGGAAGAUACACAGUAGGCAACCAUACCAUGAGGAGACCCCCGCCAGUGAAUCCUGGCAGUGUUACUAGCGACCUGUAUGACUCUUGCGUGGACAAUUACUUCGAACCUCAGAUCUUCGUCCUUUUUAACGACGACCAGAGCUACCCCUAUUUUGUUAUCCAGUAUGAAGAAGUUAGUAAUGCUGUCGUAAUCUGAAAGUGUUUCACGUCGGUAAAUUAUUUUGUUGUGACGAACUUAAGCCCGAUAUUUGUAGAACAGACUGUGUUGCAGGAAGGAGGAGAUUGUGAAACUUUUAAAUAAAAGUGUUUGAAAAAUGGAGUAGAGAGCAGAUUUUUUAAAGAAAAAAAGUAAAUAAAAAACCAAUUGUGCACUUGCUAUUUUAUGUCCAAAUUGUAAAUAUUUUCCAUUGUUUAUAGCUGAGAAAAGCCUGUGCCUUUUGUUAUAAACACUAUUUAUGUUAGUAAACUAAAUGUU